GCUGUGCCUUCCUCACAUACUGUGCAAGAGAAUCGGCGCUAAAAGCUCAGACCGCGCUCCACGAGCAGAAGACGCUACCUGGGAUGAACAGGCCAAUCCAGGUGAAGCCAGCUGACAGUGAGAGCAGGGGAGAAGACAGAAAACUCUUCGUUGGCAUGCUGAAUAAGCAGCAAUGUGAGGACGACGUGCGGCACCUUUUUGAGUCCUUCGGGAGCAUUGAGGAGUGCACCAUCCUCAGAGGUCCUGAUGGAAACAGCAAAGGUUGUGCGUUUGUGAAGUAUUCCACUCAUGCAGAAGCUCAGGCCGCUAUCAGUGCUUUACACGGCAGCCAAACCAUGCCUGGCGCUUCUUCCAGCCUGGUGGUGAAGUUUGCAGACACAGAUAAGGAACGGACCAUUCGACGCAUGCAGCAGAUGGCCGGUCAGAUGGGCAUCUUCAAUCCGAUGGCCCUGCAGUUUGGAGCGUACGGCGCCUAUGCACAGGCAAGACAGCAGGCAGCGCUGAUGGCAUCAGUGGGUCAGGGAGGAUAUCUCAGCCCUAUGGCGGCUUUUGCUGCCGCACAGAUGCAACAGAUGGCCACCAUCAACGGCCUCCCAGGGGCUCCCAUGACCCCAACAUCAGGUGGAAGCACGCCCCCUGGCAUCACAGCUCCCACGGUGACCAGCAUUCCAUCUCCGAUUAGUGUCAACGGUUUCACAGGGCUGCCUCCUCCUCAGGCCAACGGCCAGGCCCCAGCGGAGGCCAUGUUUACCAAUGGGAUCCAUCCUUACCCAGUUUUGCAGGAAGUGGUGUUUAGGGAAGACUCGGAGAAAGGCGGCCUGGGCGUGGCACAGAGAAGUUGUUUUGGGGUUCAGGGAAGCUGCUUCCUGUCGUCUCUCUCAGAAGCUCAGAGUCCCACUGCAGCAGACCCCCUACAGCAGGCCUACGCUGGAGUCCAACAAUAUGCAGCCUUCCCCGCUGCAUAUGGACAGAUCAGCCAGGCCUUUCCCCAGCCACCUCCCAUCAUCCCUCAGCAACAGAGAGAAGGGCCGGAGGGCUGUAACCUGUUUAUUUAUCACCUCCCUCAGGAGUUUGGGGACGGCGAGCUGAUGCAGAUGUUCCUGCCUUUCGGUAAUGUCAUCUCCUCCAAAGUGUUUGUGGAUCGGGCGACAAACCAAAGUAAAUGCUUUGGUUUUGUGAGCUUUGAUAACCCGGGCAGCGCUCAGGCUGCCAUCCAGUCCAUGAACGGCUUUCAGAUCGGCAUGAAGAGACUCAAAGUGCAGCUGAAGAGGCCAAAGGAUGCCAACCGCCCAUAUUAGCCCCGUCCCUCCCCCCAGCCACCCCUGACCCUGGGGUUGAAGGCCGCCGCUACGCACAGGGAAGAACAGGUUUUGUAGAGCUGGAACACAUAUUGAAAACAUGCCAACUGUAUUUGAAAACACAACAGAUCAAGAUCAUCGGGGCUGGGGAUACAGUACAGCUGAAGAGGGACAUGAGGAGGACGUAGCCGCAUGAUAUACCACCACCACCAGGCUCAAUGGAUCUUUUUGGACUUCAGUGUUUAACUCAGGGGAGCCGCGGGGUUACUGGACCAUACCGUACUCCCUUCUUCAAACCCACGAACCCUUAUUUUGCAGGACCGCAGAAUACACUACUGAAGACCAACACAAAAAAUAUAUAUAUUUAAAAAAAGAAAAAGAAGAACAAUGUAAGUCCUCAAAAGGCUCUGAAUCUAUGAAUAAGUAGUACGGGAAAAAAACACUUUUUACAACUAAGAUAGACUUUUAGAUGGGAAUCAUGUAAUAUUGAACACGUCUUUGGGAAAACUUUUUAAAGAACUGUUUUAGACACCAACAAAAUGGAUAAAAAAAAAAUUUAAAAAAAACUUGAAAGACAACUUUUUGGAAGAAUGUGACAAUUCAGGACAAGAACUUGCUUCGACUCGGGAUGGCCAACUUUUUUUCUUGGAGUGCCUGUCCGUUUCCAGGGGCAACGGCUGCCACAAACCGCAGCCUCCGUCCGCUGGGAGACUUACCUGUCAUUCCUUAGCUGUGUAGGGACCAAAUGACCAAACCUUUUUAUCACAAAUGAAACAGAAGAAGAAAAAAAAAAGACUCAUACCUGUAACAUAAUUGGACCACUGCAUCUCUUGCUGUGCCAAUCGGUUUAAGAGCUGUAUUUUAAAAAAAAAAAAAAACGAUAUAUGUAUAAAAA